GCUUGUUUUCUUUCAAGGAAAAGAGUGAAAUCCACACAUUGCUUUGGCUUACAUCUACUAGGAAAAAAAAAAAGAGAGACCUAAAUUAUGUUUUUUGUGCUCCCACUAUUCUUAUUCUAUAUGCAGUGGUGGUAACAUAGGAUUUUUACAUCUAAUGAAGCCACGUUCUUCCACGUCCAUGUUUUUCUUUCCCUCCAUUUAAGAAUCCAAUGCCAAACCUAUCUCCAAACUCUGUUGGAGCUGAUCCAGUGCCCAGUGAAAUGGAUGGCCAAUGCUUCUAUCAGAUGAUAACAAGGAUCAGACCUCAAUUCCAAAUGCUUGCUAAAAGAAGUUUCAUUGCAACCCUCCUUGCGCUUCAAGAAUCUCUGUUCUCUUACCUCUACCAUCUAUUUUGGACUUUUUCAUCAUACCCGAGCCAAGUUUCAUUGUCUGUUCUGCUGUGUCACCCUGUGGUGGCAGCUGAUAUUACAAGCAAACAGAAAGAAACCUUCAUUUAACAGUUGGGUUCUCCUGGUUGAGCUGCGGGUGCACAAAGUGAAACCUUCACCUUGGCCCUUCCUCACCAAAGGGAAGAUGCAGACAAGAAAGUUUUCUUCACAUAUAAGAAAUGGUAAUGCUUCAGCUGGAGUACAUCAGUAAUGAUGCUGGAAACAGUUAUCUUGGAUUCCCCCCAGAUACAUUUGUGAAUGUCUCACAAUCUUCUACUUAAUCUUUCAGCACAGCUUUUCCAGAGCAGUCAGAAAAGAGCAAUGUACUCAUCUUUGACGUAGUAAGCACAGAAGCCAUGACCUGAAGUGAGGCUGUUGGACCUGACCAGCUCUGCUGCCAUACGGAUCGACUGUGCUCAUCUUCCCUUUGAGCAUCAUGUCUUGUAGGAUGACAUCUGCAAACAGGAAGCAAUGGCUCCAUUUGAGACAGCUGCAGAACUCCCAGUGCUAAAGGUGGCUCAUUCAUAAAGCCCUGUGCACAUCUCCUGUUUGCUGUAACUGCAAUGAAUGAAGUGCUCUCAGGAAAAGCCAGACACAGACACCGUUCAGCCUCAAAGGUCCCUCUAUUUUGCUCCAUUAUUAUUAUAAACGCUUCGCAGUAGAGCCACCCGCGAGCAGCGCCCCCUAGUGGCCGAUCCGGGAAGCGCCGCUCAGCGCCGCUCCGGGCGGCUCCCUUGGCUGGGUGCCGCCGUGGGGUCACGCCUGCCCGGUACGCGGCGCUGGGCUUUCCGAGCCGCCCGCCUGCCGUGCCGCAGCCUCAUGUCCUCGCUCCCCGCCGGCACCGACAUCAAGAGGGCUUUGGACAACAGCCCCGAGACAAACAUCGAAGAUGAACUCCCCGACGGUCCGCCGCAACCGCGGCCGAAGAACUACCUGCUCCUCAGCAUCCUCGCUUGUUUCUGCCCCGCGUAUCCCAUCAACAUCGUAGCCUUCGUCUUCGCCGUCAUGGCUUUAAACAGUUACAAUCAAGGAGACAUAGAAGGAUCAAGAAGACUGGGUCGCAAUGCACUGUGGGUUGCAGUUGCAUCAAUUAUCAUUGGCCUUGUCAUCAUCGGAAUCUACUGCGUAGUUCAUUUCACAACGCAGGCUAUCUGAAGACCAGGACUGCACUUGGAAUACAUCACCAUGUAAAUCUCAGGAGAGGAAAAGUAAGAAGAAAAGGAAACCCAUCUUUCCAGACUGUUAGAUUUGACCCUACAAGUCUGCAGAGGCAUGUUGCUGAUGGACGCAAUGAUAGCCCAGUUAGUAAAUCAGCAUGGCGUGACCAGGUUUUCCAAAUUAUUUAUUUAUACAGAACUUCAGCAUAAAGAAGUGUUGAUGUUUUUUUUUUAAUUUUACCCUAAUUUAAUUUUACCCUUACCUUGCCCUAACAGCUCCCUUUUCUUUCUCACUUACAUGAAAUGUGUGCUGGGUCCAUGACGUUCCCUGGCUGAGCCAAGCCAAAGCCAACCUGUCUUGACUGUUUCUAGUGCACACUGUAAGCUCUGAUGCACAGCCUGCUGGAGCUGGUGGAACUCCUGUCACCUUCAGUGGGUUUUGGAUCAGGCCGUGAAGGGUUUUUGUAUUCUUGUACAAUAGUCUCAACAUAACAGAAUCAGAACAACGGGUUGGUGGUUUAUCCCACAGCGUGAGUUUGUAAUGCUGUGGGUGUACUCUGACUUGGUGGCUGCUUUCUCCUGUCACCCCCAGCCUUUAGGUCUUUGCAUUGGGUUUUUCACCACCUGGGACCGAUUUCAAUCCCUUCAUUCUUAGAAGUUACUUUUGUUCCGUAGCAUCUGUAUUUUUAUUGAUUUCCUCUUGUUUUGUUGUCCUUCCUUGCUGAACUCCCUUAACUCCGCUCCAGACCUGCACUAAAGUUGCACUGAUCACAUUUUCCUCUUUAAACUCCAUGUAUAUAAGAAGUUUUUCUUUUUUUAUCUCACAAAAGCUCUUUUUAAAUAGAUGUUCUUUCUCAUCCCUCUGUUCCUAUAGCAAGUCGCGUUGUUUCAUUGUGUUCUGCUUUGUUCCUGUCUUAUUUUUAAUUCACCCUCUCGUCUUGCUAUGAAUAGUCCAUAUAUCAGCACGGAGAUGGACAGACUUUUCUACACUCACUGAUUCACGUAGACUUGCUGAUCCUGAGUUUCCCCUCAGUGAACAGCCUUAGGCUGCACAAUGGAUGCCCUCUAAAUUACUGCAGUUUCUCAAUACCUUACGAAAGUGUAGAGUGGGACAACUAGUUUUAAUUAGCUGAAAACUGUUGGAAAGAAUGUAUUUCUUUUUAUCACCCAAAUAUGACGUGUUCAGAGGAGCGAGCUGCGAGCGUUGGCACAGAUGGCAGCAUCUUUGGUGACUGUGGCUCCACUUGUUUUGAUUGUUCCUACACCUUCGAGCAAGCGAUGCCAACUUACACUUACUCUCCUUGCAGUAACAUAAAUCUGGACUGAAUACCCAGAAAUGCAUGGGAGUUGUACAGGUGCACGUGAGCAAUGAAUCAUGCCUGGCAGUGGUACGCCUAUUAUUCAAGAAAAAAAAGGAAAAAAAAAAGCAAAAAAAAAGCCUCCCAGCAAUCUGUACUUGUUAAAGCAUAUGCCUGGAAGCAGCAUGUAUUUUCUGUGCCUUGGUAUUGUGUUUUUAAUGUGCUUUUUUUCACUUUUCUUUCUGCCAGCUUCUGUUUUUCACUGAAGUCAGUGACGCGCAGCCUGUCCUUAAUUACUCCAAUACAAAACUUCACUCUUAAUCAGUGGAAUGAGUUGAUUUCUUCAGCACUUACACUGAUGUAAUUUGUACGUGGCAGAAUGUGGCCACUGGUUGUGAUGACCCCAAGAAGUGGCUGUUCUGUGAACUUCUCUUUGUUUUUCUGAAUACUAUUUCAGUGGUCUGAUAACGUCUUGUGGGACUUUGAGUAGCUUGCCUUAUUAUCAGAUAUGAUACAACUGUCAUUGAGAAGUGGAAUAAAAUCACUUUUACUUCA